AUGGCUGCAGCCGAGACAAGACUGGUGCGACGACUUGCGCGAGAGCUGCAGCUGAUGCAGGACGACCCGCCGUAUGGAGUUGGAGCGUGGCUUGUGCGCGAGGGCGCUCUGCGCGAGUGGGAGGGCGUUCUGGACGGGCCGGAGGAGACGCCAUACGCGGGCGGCGCCUUCAAGGUCGCCAUCACUGUGCCGGACGGCUACCCGCUCACACCGCCGGUUGUCCGCUUUGUCACCCCAGUCUACCACCCGAACAUCGACUCGGCCGGGCGUAUCUGCCUCGACACGCUCAAGAUGCCGCCCAAGGGCGCCUGGCUUCCCUCGCUCAACAUCCCCACCCUCCUCACCAUGAUCCGCCAGCUGCUCGCCCAGCCGAACCCGGACGACGGCCUCAUGGUCGACAUCACCGCACAGUACACCGACUCCCGCCCGGCCUUUGACGCUGCAGCCCGCGCCCACACCCUCAAGCACGCUCUGCCCGAUCCGGCUCCGGCUCCGACUCUACCGGCCGCCACCUCAGGCUCGCUCCUUACCCGCCUGUUUGCCAAGGCCAAGUCAACCUUCCACUCGCCGCCGGCAGGUGACGUCGGCUCGGACGACGAGCCGGCAUCGCUCACAUCGGCCUCGCCGCCUCUUGCUGCCUCGGCCUUGGCCUCGGCCUCGGUUCCAGUGCUGGAGUCAGACUCGCUGGCGGUCCUCCCCAGCGCACCGCCGCUUGCCGGGCGGAGCAAGGCACGCGAGUCCAAGUUUAGCGGGCUCGACGAGGCCGAUCAGGUGGCGGACGAGUUUCUGCGGACGACGUGCUGGUCGGGCAUUCCGCCGUCGGCCCGCCCGCUCUGCUGGCGCAUGCUCCUGGGCGUGGCGCCGCUCAAGGCCUCGCGCCGCGCCGGCGUCCUCGCCCGCAAGCACGCCGAGUACGCGGCGAUGGCGAGCGGGAUGGCGAGCGAGGCCGACGAGUUGGCGUCCAAGUAUGAGCGCGGCUUGCUGAACCAGAUCCACAUUGACGUCCUUCGCAUGGCGCCGUUCAUGCCGCUGCUUGUCGCGCCGCAGGUCCAGGCCGCGCUCCAGCGGCUGCUCUUUCUCUGGUCGCUCCGCCACCCUGGCUCUGGCUAUGUGCAGGGCAUCAACGACCUCGCCCUCCCAUUCUUCAUUGUCUUUCUCCGCGGCGCCCUCUUGCCCGAGGCCUUUGACGCCCUUGGUGCGUGGUUGCCGACCCGGGUCGAAGCCGGUGACUUUACCGCCGCCGCCGCCCUCGCCGACCUCCCGCCUGUGCUCGCCGCACAGGGCGAGCCCGCCCUCGACGCGACUGACGCGCAGGGCGAGGCUUCGGAGCACGACACGCUGAUGUUUGCAGUGGCGGCAGCGUCGCCCGAGGCGCAAGCUUUCGCGGCGCUCCUUCCUGACGACGCCUCGCUCCUGAGCGCCGAGGCCGACACUUACUGGUGCCUCACUGCACUCCUCGAUUCAAUCCAUGACAACUACAUCCAGAACCAGCCGGGCAUUCAGCGGAUGCUCAAGCAGCUCGAGCUCCUGGUUGGGCUGAUGGCGCCGGACCUGGCAAGUCUCCUCGCCGAGUACUCGAUCGAGUACAUCCAGUUUGCCUUCCGCUGGAUGAACUGCCUGCUUAUGCGCGAGCUCUCGGCCCACCUUGUGGCGCGGCUCUUCGACACCUACCUCGCCGAGGGCGCCUUUGCCAAGUUCCAUGUCUUUGUCUGCGCCGCGCUCCUCGUCUCGUUUAAGGCCGACUUGAUGGCGCUCGCCACGCUUCUCCGCGAGCAGCCCGGCGCCGAUCCGGACGGCGCCCACCACGACGUCUUCCAGGCCCUGCUCUCGUUCUUGCAAGACUUGCCCACCGCAAAGUGGACCGAGGAGAACGUCGAGGUCCUCCUCGCCGAGGCCUACGUUGCCCGCGAGCUCUACCUCGAAGUUCUCGACCGCGACGUCCGCUAGCGCCGGUACAGCCGCCGAAUAAGCUGCUCCGACGUGAGUCCCUCAAACGAGUCCCACCCGCCGAGGUCCGAAAUUCGCUGGAUGAGGCCCUCGAUCAUGAGCGCCCGCCCCUUGGCGUCGACGUACGGCGGAAAGGCGGGGAGCCCGGCCUCGAGCCAGAUUCUCAAGUAGAAGAGGCACUGCCGGACCCGCUCGCCCUUGGCAGACUCGCGCUCAAUGACGUCGAGGUUGCCAAAGAGCGACUCGGCAACCGCAAUGACAAUGAUCUUGAUCACCUUAUCGUGGUUGGUGGCAGAGCUCGGAAUUCUCUCCUUGUACACCUCGAUCUGCGCCUGCGACGGCAUACGCGACAGACACUGCGUCUCAUCCCAGUAUCCGACCGCGUACCGAGCAAUCUGGAGGACGACAGAGCGCGGGAGUCGGGCAAGGUGCUUAAACCAGGUGAACAGCGA